AUGGAGGAACGGUUAAAGAUUCCAACCACUCAACGGGCAAUCAUCCAAAGCAAGGAGCCACUGGGUUCGCUAACACUAUGUGAAGAUCGCUCUAUUCCAACUCUGCUGCCCGGGCAGGUUCUUGUGAAGACCGCUGCUGUUGCUUUGAACCCCUGCGAUUGGAAAAUGCCAACCAAUUUUCCAUUUCCGGGGGCAGGAGAUGGUUCAGACUACGCCGGAACUAUCGUUGCGCUAGGACCAAAUGCUCGAUCUGAUUUCAAAAUUGGGGACCGUGUCGCAGGCGCCGUUCAUGCCUCAAACCCUCUUAACCCGGAAUCCGGUGCGUUUGCGCAGUAUGUUGCGGGCUAUACGGAUCAUCAAUGGAAAAUUCCAGACGGCCUUUCAAUGAAGGACGCUGUGGCUAUUGGUUGGUGUGUUGUCGGGAGCGUUGGACUGGCACUGUUUCGAACUAUGAACUUACCUGGAUCCCCCGAGAAGCCUGUUGGGAAACCCACUUACGUGCUGGUAUAUGGGGGAAGUACUGCUAGCGGGACAAUUGCGAUACAGCUCUUAAAACUGUCAGGAUUCAAAGUCAUCACAACUUGUUCCCCGAAAAAUUUCUCCUUGGUGGAAUCAUAUGGAGCAGAGAAAGCCUUUGACUAUAACUCGCCGACCUGCGCGGAUGAUAUUCGUAUGUACACCAAGAAUUCCCUCCGCUAUGUUCUUGAUAUCAUCACGGAAGCAAAGUCGAUUAAACUUUGCUACGCCGCUAUCGGUCGUACUGGAGGUCAAUAUGUCGGCUUCGAACUUAUCCCUGACGAACUAAUCGCCAAUAUGAGAAAAGCAGUUAAGGCGGACUGGGUGCUAGGAAUCAGGAUGACAGGCCUGGAGAUUGCUCUUCCGGGAGGAUACGGCAGUCCUCCGGACCCUGAGUUACGGGCUUGGGGUUCUGAUCUAGCUAAGCGCAUGGAAACUCUGAUCCACGCUGGCAAAAUAAAGCCUCACCCCCCAAAAAUUAACCCGGGGGGCCUCGAUACAAUCAUUGCAGGAAUUGAAAAAAUGCAACGACGGGAAGUCUCCGGCGAAAAGAUGGUUUAUAUUGUGGAUUCCGAGGAUUUUUAG